AUGUCUAAAUCAGAUUCAACAGGAGAAUUAACUCCAGAUUAUAAUGAACAAUUAAAUAAAAGGAAUUCUUCUCAACAUGAUUCAGAUUUGAAAAAAGCUAAAAGAAAAUCAAAUGCUUAUAUGGCUGCUGAAGCUCUUGAACAAGAACGUGAUGCCGUUACUGCAUUAAAGAGAUUAUCAAUUGGUAGAAGUUCAAUAAAUGUUGAUCCUGAUUUACCUUAUGGAGUGGAUGGUGAUUUUAAUUAUAAUGAUUAUUCAAGAAAUCAUCAUCAUAGAAGAAAAUCUUCACAAAGUUCAGAUUCAAGUUUAAAUACUACAUUAUCCUCUACGGAUGAUGAUAAAGAGAAAACUUUAACAGAAGAUGAUGAUCCUGAUAAGACAAGAAAUGAUGAUUCAAAUAACCAUCAAAAUCAAGAUCAAGAUGAUGAUGAUGAUGUUAAACUAAAUGCUGAAAAAUUAUUAUGGGUCCCUGCUAAAUCACAUCCAAAUAUUGCACCUGAUCAAUUCCGUCGUCAUGUCCAAUCAACUAUAGAUGAUAUGAAUCAUAGAUUAGGUGAUAAAGCUCAUUUAAAUACAACUUUAACUUCAAAAGAUUCAAUCCCAUCAUUAAAAGAAUUAACUGAUGAAUUGGAUAGAUUAUCUGAAAUGGCUGGUCUUGCUGCAACAGAUGCUGUUACAUUAGCAAGAUCUUUAUCAUCAGCAAGUGGUUCUUCAUCAUUAUUAUUAGAUAAAGAUGAAAAUAGAUUUUUCCAAGAUUCUCAAAAUACACCAUCAACUUCACCAACUUCCACGAAUAACAACAACUCUACAACACCUUCAAGAUCAAGUUCACUUAUUGAACGCCAUUCAGAAGAUGAAGCUGAUCAAGAUGCUCCUUUAUUAGGUGAAGGUUCAAAUACUCUUAGAAGAAAUAAAUGGACUACAUAUAGUAGGAGUCAUAGAGGUGGUAAAGAUAAACCAAGACCAAAAGCUCAUUCACCAUUAGCUGAUGAACAUAAAUUCAUUCCACAAUCAACUUCACAAGAAAAAGAAUUAAAUUUAGAAAAAGAAUUACCCCCAAAUCCACCAAUUUCAUCAUCUUCAACUUCAAUUUCAUCUUCAUCUUCUUUCGAUGAUAACAAUAAUGAAAUUCCAAUGAGAAAUGUCCCAUUACAAGACCCACAAAAGCAAAAAAUACUUGCAGAUCAAUCAAGAGGUCGUUCAAAUAAUUUAUCAAGAUCUCAAUCAGAUCCAUCAACAGCAAUCCCACCACAGAAAAGAACAAAUCAUUCAAGAAAUAGACAUGCAGGUUCAACGAUAAGUAUAGAUCCAACAUCACAAUCCUCAUCUUCAUUAUCCACACAAUCAAAUCAAAGAAGAGUUGUAUCACAUGAAUCAACAAAUCAAAAACCUUAUCAAAGACAAAUAUCACAAAAUCAAUCAACAUUAAAUGAAAUUCAAAAUUCAAGACCUUUACCAACACAUCCUCAACAAAAACCUGUUCCUUCUAUACCACAAAAUGAUCAAAAUGAUCAAACAUCCCGUCAUCAUCAUAGAUCUACUCAUCAACAGAAACAAUUACCUCAAACGCAUCAACAACAAAACUUGACUCCACAACAGCAACAACAACUACAGCAUCGUCAUCAGUUACAAAAACAGCAUCGCCAACAGCAACAACAUCAGCAACAGCAACAACAAAAUCAUCAUCAUCAUAAUCAACCACAACAGCAGGGUCUUCAUCACCAUCAACAAAAUCCACAACGUUCUCAACAUCAUCCUCAACAACAUCAACCCCUGCAUUCUAAUCAUACCAUAAAUUCAAAAGAAUCAUCACAACAAAGAAGUAUAAGUUCUGGAAGUACUAAUGCUCAGGAUGAUGUACCUACAAAAACAUUAUCACCAACUACAAGUUCAUUUGGUUUAUCACCAUCUUCAUCACCUACAUCAUCUAGUUUCAACCUACAACAAUCUCAACAAUCACAGCAACAACAAAUUCCACAAACUACACCUGAAAAACCAGAGAAAACCAAGAAAGAUAAUUCAUUUUUGAAGAUGUUCAAGAAGAAAAGAUCUCCAUCACCAAAGAAUCAAAAAACAUUACCUUCUAUUGGAUCUAAAACUUCACCAACUGUUAAUGAUGAAAAUAGAUCACCUACUGGAACUCAAUUUAAUAUUCCAGUAUCACCUGAAAAGAAACAACAAGUACAAUUACAAGAUUCAGUACAAAAAUCACCACCAAGACAACAACAAAGACCAACUUUAAAACCUUCAAAAAGUUCACAAUUUAAAAUUUUAAAAUCUUCAAAAUCUGAUGAAAAAUCAAAAACUUCAAAUUUACAAGAAUCUGUCACUAUUGUUUCUAAAAAAGAUGAAAAAAAUCAAAAAGAUUCUAAACUUCAACAAUCACCAACUGGUCAACAACAAAUAAGUCCAGAAUCUCAAGAAUCUUCACCUCCACAACAAGAUGAACAAUCUCAAUCACUUGAUCCGAAAAAUCAACAACAAUUUCAUCAACAAACAGGUCAAGCAUUAAAUGAAGAACAACAUAGAAUUCAAAAAGAAACAUUAAGUAAGAAAUUAAGUUUAGAAAAUAUGAAAAAAUCUUCAAAACCAAAUGCUCCUGUUCAAUUUACAGAUUCUGCAUUUGGAUUUCCCUUACCACCAUUAUCACAUUCAACAGUUGUUAUGCUUGAUUAUAGAUUCCCAAUUCAUGUUGAAAGAGCACUUUAUAGAUUAAGUCAUUUAAAAUUAGCAAAUCCAAGAAGACCUUUAAGACAACAAGUUUUAUUAUCAAAUUUUAUGUAUUCUUAUUUGAAUUUAGUUAAUCAUACUUUAUAUUUACAACAAUUGGAUGAAAAUCAACAAGAAUUUGAAGAUGAUCAAGAUAAAGAACAAGGACAGAUUAGUAUAGAGUUAUGA